GGGAACUGCCCUCUAGGGAGACGUUCCCUGCCUGGGGUCUCCUUUUGUCAGGGACCAGGUUACCCUGAUAGCAGGAAGAUUGUAAUUAACAGCUCUAGUGUCUUCAACAUCAACGUUCGCUUCUUCAGAACUACAGCUGUGUGUAAGGAUGAUGUGGUUACAGUCAAAACCCCAGCAUUCGCAGAAUCUGUCACAGAGGGAGAUGUCAGGUGGGAGAAAGCUGUUGGAGACACAGUUGCAGAAGACGAAGUGGUUUGUGAGAUCGAAACUGACAAGACAUCUGUGCAGGUGCCAUCACCAGCAAAUGGCGUGAUCGAAGCCCUUUUGGUACCCGAUGGGGGAAAAGUCGAAGGAGGCACUCCUCUUUUCACACUCAGGAAAACUGGUGCUGCUCCUGCUAAGGCCAAGCCAGCGGAAGCUCCUGCUGCUGCAGCCCCAAAAGCAGAGCCUACACCGUCGGCAGUUCCUCCUCCUGCAGCACCCAUACCUGCUCAGAUGCCACCAGUGCCCCCGCCCUCACAACCUCCUUCUAGCAAGCCAGUGUCUGCCAUAAAACCCACCGCUGCCCCUCCACUAGCUGAACCAGGAGCUGGCAAAGGUCUGCGUUCAGAACAUCGGGAGAAAAUGAACAGGAUGCGGCAGCGUAUUGCUCAGCGUCUGAAGGAGGCCCAGAAUACAUGCGCAAUGCUGACGACUUUCAACGAGAUUGACAUGAGCAACAUCCAGGAGAUGAGGGCUCGGCACAAAGAUGCCUUUCUGAAGAAACAUAACCUCAAACUCGGCUUCAUGUCAGCGUUUGUGAAGGCCUCCGCCUUUGCCUUGCAGGAGCAGCCUGUUGUAAAUGCAGUGAUCGAUGACACAACCAAAGAGGUGGUGUAUAGGGAUUAUAUCGACAUCAGUGUUGCAGUGGCCACCCCUCGGGGUCUGGUGGUUCCCGUCAUCAGGAAUGUGGAAGCUAUGAAUUAUGCAGAUAUUGAACGAACCAUCAGUGAGCUGGGAGAGAAGGCACGAAAGAAUGAACUUGCCAUUGAAGAUAUGGAUGGUGGCACAUUCACCAUUAGCAAUGGAGGCGUUUUUGGCUCGCUCUUUGGGACACCCAUCAUCAACCCCCCUCAGUCUGCAAUCCUGGGCAUGCAUGCCAUCUUUGACAGGCCAGUGGCCGUGGGUGGCAAGGUGGAGGUGCGGCCCAUGAUGUACGUGGCACUGACCUACGAUCACCGGCUGAUUGACGGCAGAGAGGCUGUGACUUUCCUUCGUAAAAUCAAGGCAGCAGUAGAGGAUCCUAGAGUCCUCCUCCUGGACCUUUAGAGGGAAGCUACAUGCCCUCCAAAUCGACCAUGCAGGAACUGAAAACCAGUCUUCUCCCUGUCCCCUUGGGGG